AUGGAAUGGGCUUGCAUGAUUACAGAGGCUGAGGGGACCUACACCCCGUUGUCUGCAAGCUGGAAAGGCAGGAGAGCCUGUGCUGCCGCCCUAGCCACAGCCUGGAGGUCCGAGAACCAGGCACGCCGACGACAGCACACUUCCAGCCUGAGAGCAAAAGGUCGGUGUUCCAGCUCCAGCAGGCAGGCAGAGGGAGGGUUCUCUCUCCACCUUUGUGUUCUACUCAGGUCUUCAAUGUGUUGGAUGAGGCCCACCCACAAUGCGAGGGCGUCUGCUUCACUGAAUCCACCGUCGCACCUGCUUCUCUUGGGUGCCAUCCGAUUGCAGAGACACUGUGCCCUUGAGGGCUCCUGCCCCGCUGGGUGUGCUGGUGCUAGGAUGUCUGCCCUGGUCCAGCCCUGCAUCCCUGAGGGGGAGGAGGCUCUUACUCUGGGUUCAAUCAACAAGGUUAUUUGGCCCCCACACAAAGCUAAGACUUUCACCGUGGCAUUUAUUAGGAAUUCUUUCCUGAAGUUGGGCAGUUUGGCCAUGUUCAAGCCUCUGAAUUCUUCCACAGAAUCGUCUUCUGGAAAUCAUGCCCCAGUAAUUUAA